UCGACUACAAUUUCAUCAAAUCUAAAGUGCAAUAGAGUUAAGUUGUAGUUACGUCUAAUUUAGCCCAAAAGAAUUUAGCUCAUCCCCGCGGCCUCUCUUCAUCUCGUUUUUCUAUUCCUCACAAAUUUGGAUUCGAACAAGUUUCUCCGACUCUGAGCGAGUGUGGAAUUCGGAACAAAAUAAUAACGAUUCUCAUUUUUCUCAAUCACUAAUGCCCGAGAUUGCUCCUGAAUCGUGGAGGAGUGAGUGAAGGGGAGUGAUUGGAUGUUGCUCGCUCGACGUGGCUACUUUCCACACUUUUCCUUGCAACGAUUUCGAUUAGUAGCUUCAGCGAACUUCCUCUGCAAGGAAAUUCGUAAAAAUCAUCGAACUUACCAUGUGGGUGUUCUAGAGCAAUGCCUGGAGAUCAGAGACUCUCCAGAUGCCAAGUUUGAAGGGGAAAACUUGAAAACGGAGCUGUGUGAAAACGAUGAAGUUUCUGGCGGGCUUUUCAAUCUGAGUACACCUGCAAAAGAGUUAAAUGUUUCAGAUGUAUUGAAUGAUCUUUCACGAUGUAGAAAUUUGAGCUUCUACGAUAAAACAAAACCCUUCUAUGUUGGGAGGGAUUCAUACAGGGAGGUAUUGAAUAUUUCACGAGAACUUGACAAGAUAGUUACUCUAGAUGAUGGCUCCGUGGCAAAUAUUCUGCAGGCUUGCAUUGGUGUUAAAGUUUCUUUUCACUUUGUUCAACUGCUUCACGCUAAGAUCAUCCGUUGCGGUUUCAGUACAACCCCUCAUGUUUGCAAUCCUUUGAUUGACUUAUACCUGAAGAAUGAAUAUGUAGAUUCUGCAGUUCAUAUUUUUAAAAGCAUGCGUGCGAGGGAUAGUGUGUCUUGGGUUGUCAUGAUAUCAGGCUUGUCUCGUAAUUGUCAUGAAUUGGACAGUAUCCAGCUUUAUAGUGAGAUGCGAAGGUUAGGAGUAUUUCCAACUCCAUAUGUUUUUUCAAGUAUUAUAAGUGCCUGCACUAAGAUAAGCUUGUAUGGAGUAGGUCAACAACUUCAUGCUCUAAUAUGCAAGUGGGGGUUCUCGUCAGAGGUCUAUGUAUGCAACUCUCUUGUCUCGCUUUAUUCUAGAUGUGGAAACUUAACAUCCGCUGAACUGAUUUUUAGUGAAAUGCAGCAAAGGGACAAAGUUUCAUACAACACUCUUAUUUCAGGGUUCUCUAUGCAAGGAUCAGUUGGUAAGUCCAUCGAAUUGUUUGAGAAAAUGCAGACUGAGUCCUUAAAACCAGAUAGUGUUACAGUUGCAAGUUUACUGGGCAGUUGUGCUUUAAUGGGGGAUCUUCAUAAGGGAAUUCAAUUGCAUUCGUAUGCAAUCAAGGCAGGUAUGUGUGUGGAUAUCAUCAUAGAGGGUUCUUUGCUAGACCUUUAUGUAAAAUGUUCUGAUGUUAAAACAGCUUAUAAACUCUUCCUUACAACGCAAACAGAUAAUGUGGUGCUAUGGAAUGUGAUGCUAGUGGCGUAUGGACAGCUAGGCGAUCUUCACGAGUCUUUCAACCUUUUUUCACAAAUGCAAAUUAAGGGCUUGAGACCUAACCAAUACACAUAUCCUAGCAUUCUAAGAACAUGCACUUCUGUUGGAGCACUUGAUCUAGGACAGCAAGUUCAUACCCAAGCUAUAAAAACUGGAUUUCAGCCAAAUGUGUAUGUCUGUAGUGUGCUUAUAGAUAUGUAUGUCAAAAAUGGUGAACUAGAAACUGCCAUGAAAAUUUUCAGACGUCUUAAUGAAGAUGAUGUAGUUUCUUGGACAGCUAUGAUCUCUGGAUUUGCUCAACAUGACAUGUUUGCUGAAGCUAUUAAACUUUUUGAGGAAAUGCAAGAACGAGGGAUUCAAACAGAUAAUAUAGGAUUAGCAAGUGCUAUUAGUGCUUGUGCUGGAAUUCAAGCUCUAAAACAAGGACGUCAAAUUCAUAGUCAGUCUAUUGUCUCUGGCUAUUCCUCAGAUAUAUCAGUUGAAAAUGCACUUGUAUGUCUCUAUGCUAGAUGUGGUUGUAUACAAGAGGCACACUUGACAUUUGAGAAAAUGCAUUCUCGAGAUAACGUUUCGUGGAAUGGUUUGAUAUCAGGAUUUGCACAGAGUGGAAAACACGAGGAGGCACUGAAGGUCUUCACUCAUAUGACUCAAGCUGGAGAGGAGGAGGCUAAUAUGUUCACCUAUGGCUCUGCUAUUAGUGCAGCUGCAAAUUUGGCACAUGUGAAACUAGGUAAGCAAAUUCACGGCAGAACAAUUCAAACAGGGCAUCAUAGCGAGACAGAAGUGUGCAAUGUGUUAGUUACAUUGUAUGCAAAGUGUGGAUGCCUUGAUGAUGCCAAGAGGGUGUUCGUGGAGAUGCCUCAGAAAAAUGAAAUUUCAUGGAAUGCAAUGAUUACUGGUUAUUCUCAACAUGGAUAUGGUAGGAAAGCUAUAGAGCUCUUUGAGCAUAUGAACAUGCUUGAGCUAAAGCCAAAUCAUAUAACGUAUGUUGGGGUUUUGACUGCCUGUAGCCAUGUAGGAUUGGUGGAGGAGGGGCUUAGUUACUUCAGAUCCAUGAGUGAACAACAUGGUUUAGUACCCAAACAAGAACACUAUGCUUGUGUGGUCGAUAUUCUGGGGAGGGCAGGUCAACUUGGCCGUGCAGAAGCAUUCAUGCAAUCUAUGCCAAUUGAACCAGAUGCUAUGAUCUGGAGGACCUUCUUAAGUGCUUGCACAGUUCACAAAAAUAGAGAUUUUGGUGAAGUUGCAGCAAAGCAUCUCUUGGAGUUAGAACCUAACCACUCUGCUACUUAUGUUCUCACGUCGAACAUGUAUGCUGUUACCGGUGAAUGGGAUCAUCGGGAUCAUACAAGGCUCCUCAUGAGAAACAGAGGCGUGAAGAAAGAGGCUGGUCGUAGUUGGAUUGAAGUGAAAAAUUCAGUCCAUGCAUUUUUUGUUGGUGAUAGACUCCAUCCUCUUGCAGAUGAGAUUUACAACUACUUGGAUGAACUAACCGAGAAGGUGGCCGCAAUUGGUUAUGUGCCAGAUCAAAAUAGCCUAUGGAAUGAGGUGGAGCUUAGGCAGAAGGACCCGGCUGCACACUUUCACAGUGAAAAGUUGGCUGUUGCUUUUGGACUUCUAAGUCUUCCCAGUAUCAUCCCCUUGCACGUCAUGAAGAAUCUGCGUGUUUGUAAUGAUUGUCAUAAUUGGAUUAAAUUUAUCUCCAAGGUGGUUGAUCGGACUAUCAUUGUACGGGAUGCCUACCGCUUCCAUCAUUUCCAAGAUGGAAGUUGUUCUUGUAAUGAUUAUUGGUAAACUGGGACAGACAUUACAGAAGAAUGAAAAGAUCUGCAACGUUCUUCCGUGGAUACUUUUCUAGCUGCUAUCUUCACACACUGAGAGGGAGCCUAGAAAGAUAUACUCUAUGCCUUGGAGUUUCAGAACUUAAUGCUAAGUAGCCUUGCUACAGAACUCAUGAAGUUUUCUCAGCUGCGGAUGGAGCGCCCUCGUCAAGCGUGGGUUCUGUCAUUACAACUAUGCCACAUAUAUUUCCCCUUGAAGAAAGGUCAGCAUAUGAUUGGUCGAGCUUGAGAAGGUUCAUUAUGCUCAAAGAGCUUGGACUGGAGGCGGCAUCACGCUACGGAAUCCGUGGCUUUGCAGCUCCGAGAGAAGUGUGAAAUGAUGAUGAAUAGUCGUUUUGGGUCUCUUACUGGAGUGCAGAUGUCCAUGGAGAUUUUGAGACUGUUGCUAUUCUUUAUAAACUAUUUGUCUGUUCGACAUGGGAAGAUUGGAGCUAGAGAUAGGGAUUGUGUGAUGAGUUGCUUCAGAAUAGUUUUGGAGCAUAUAACUUCGAAAGGUGUGCUAUUGCUUAAAUAUUGAAUUUUUGUAAUAAGAUUGGUGAUGAUUGAGUGUUGUGGUUUCUCACUGACCUCAUCUAUGUUUGAAACAAUUAGGGGGUGUUUUGUGGCCAU